CGAUGUCUGACAAAGAACCUAUCCAGAUAUGCUGCUGAUUUAAAGUCAUUACCACCCAACAUAAAGGAUAAACUGAUUAAAUUAAUGAGUUUGCAAGGGCAAAUAACUGAUUCAAAUAUCAGUGAGGUGUUGCACCCUGCUGUAGAGUCUCUAGACCUCAGAGACUGUCGAAUUUCAGAUAAUGCAUUAUUACAGCUUUGUAACUGCAAGCAGUUGAAAAAAAUCAACUUAAAUUCCUGCAAAGAAGAGAGAUUGGGAAUAACUUCAGAAGGUGUCACAGCACUGGCCUUAUCCUGCCCUUACCUGCGUGAAGCGUCUUUUAAAAGGUGCUGCAAUAUAACUGACAGUGGAGUUCUUGCUCUUGCACUCAACUGCCAGUUCCUACAAAUAGUGAACUUGGGCAGCUGCUUAGGCAUCAUGGAUGCAUCUCUGCAGGCACUAGGAAAAAACUGCCAAUUUCUUCACAGUGUGGAUUUUUCAUCUACUCUGGUAACAGAUGAUGGCGUUGUAGCACUAGUGAGUGGAACAUGUUCAAAGAAUUUAAAGGAGAUCCACAUGGAACGCUGCGUGAAUCUGACCGACGUUGCUGUGGAAGCAGUCAUUACUUGUUGUCCAAAGAUACACAUUUUUCUCUUCCAUGGAUGCCCAUUGAUAACAGAUCGUUCCCGAGACGUUUUAGAGCAGCUAGUCAUAUCAAACAAAAUGAAGCACGUAACAUGGACUGUUUAUUGAUCAUUUAUUGUGUUCUUAUGAGUGUAAAGUUUACAGAUGGGAGAGCUCUUUCAGAAAAGGAGCACCUUGGAGAAGUAGCUGGUGACUUUUGUACUACCAGAUUGCUUGCUUCCUUCCUUGUUCCCACCAGAGGUCUCCAUCGUCAUUCCAGUCCUUGCCUGGUCACCAAUGAGCACUUCAGUUUGCUGUAUCCUGAUGCAUUUCCUCAGCCAGUGAUGCAGGCCAUCAGCAAGUUGUUCAUCAUAAAACAUAUCUCCUAGAACAAUUAGGUCCCAUUUGCCAACGUCUGAAUUAAUGAUGUUCUUAAUGGUGAUGGGGAAGGGAUUCAGGUGGUUCAAUUCACAAUUCAAGAUCAUUGCCAUUCCUGCAACUGAAGAAAAGUCAAAUGAAAGUUACAUUUUAAGAUU